CAUGAUUGCUAUUAAAAUAAUAACAAAAUAUCGUAAAGCCGUGCCACAGCCGCCUGUUGCCCCGCGUCGACUAAUGUGAAAUACAUACGAUUAUACGAAAUAAUAAUAUGUAAACAUAUUUUACACGUCCGACGGAAGUGCCACAUCAGACUCGCGUCGCGUCACUGUACGACGGGCUCACCGCCGCCGCCUACGUGUUUGCUUCACGGGAUUCCUCGCAAUCGUAGCCAUGGCCGUAAACUUGGACAUACAACUGAAGCGGUCGAACAAGGUGUAUCGCGAAGGCGACACUAUCGCCGGGGUGGUGGUCAUCGACACGCCGACGGACGUCAAACACGAAGGCGUCUUCAUGACCAUCGAGGGCACGGUCGACCUACAGAUCAGCACGCAGAACGUAGGCGCUUUCGACGCUUUUUACAAUUCUGUCAAGCCAGUGCAGUUGAUGAUGUGCUCGUUGGACAUAGCCCGCGCCGGCCGCUUUCCGAGUGGCAUCACCGAAAUACCGUUCGAAGCACCAGUCACGCCACUCCUGAACAAAGUUCUGUACGAGUCCUAUCAUGGCGUGUUCAUUAAUGUCCAGUACCUGCUGAAAGCCGUCAUUAAGAGGAAUUUCCUGAAUAAGGACAUUCACAAAACGCUAGAGUUUGUCGUUGAAAAUAAUCCAUGCUUAAAUAUGCAGUCUUCUAAAGUGGACAAAUUUGUGAUAAAUCAAAAUACUUUAGCAAAUGUAAAUGAUAGUUCCAACAUACCAAAGUUUCACAUUGUUGGUUCAAUCGAUUCGGUUAUCUGUUCAAUUAUGCAGCCAUUUACUGGAGAAAUGAAAAUUGAACAUUCUGAUAUUCCCAUUAAAUCAAUAGAUGUACAAUUGGUGCGCGUUGAGACCUGUGGUUGUGCUGAAGGUUUUUCAAAAGAUGCCACUGAAAUUCAAAACAUUCAAGUUGCUGAAGGAAAUGUAUCAACGGGUAUCUCAAUUCCAAUUUACAUGAUAUUUCCAAGGUUAUUUUCUUGUUCCACCACGAAAACAACAAAUUUUAAAAUAGAGUUUGAAGUCAAUGUUUCUGUUAUUUUUGUAGACGAUCACUUGGUGACUGAAAAUUUUCCAAUCACUCUCUUUAGAUGAACUAUACAUUUUUACUUGUUAAUACAGUUUUCUAAAAAUAAAAUUUUAAAUGCAUGUUUACAAACAUAUUUUCAUAUAAAUACAAAUAAUAGCUUGCAGGGUAUAGAUUGUAUAACCCGUUCACCUGGGUAACAUCACAGAUAAUGGGUUCAUAAAUUCACAUUUAAAAUACUAUAUGAAAAUAAUAAAUUUGUAGUCAUCAAAUUGAAAUAAUAUUAAGUUAUGAGUAUGGACUUUGAUGGCAAUUUUAUCAGUUAAAAACUAACUUUAUUAGUAAUAAAUAUGAUUCAUAUAAUAGAAUAAAUAUACAUAAUUUUAAUUUGUUUUUUUGUGUUAAUUUUGGAUUUUAUGCUUUUUUAAAUUUAUUUUUGUUUUAGAGCUUUAACUAAUUUUAGUCUGAUAACUAUUUUAAAAAAAAUACUUAUGGUAUUAAUAUUUUAAAAUAUUAUUGAAAUUUAACUCCGUUGAUGUAGAACGUAGUUUUUUAAAAUAUAAAUAUUAUAUUAUGUGAUUGUUAACAAAGAUUUUGUUUGGAAAUUAAAACAACUUAAAUUGUUCAAUUAAUUAAAUUUCAGAUUACCUAUCUUUAGAAAAAUUACAGCAACAUUAAAUAGUAUAAACAUUGUAAAAAUAAUAUUUUAUUUUAAAACCUGUUCUGUUUUUAAACUUUUUAUAUAAUUUUUUAGUGUUUCAAAAUCCGUAUUUUAGUUAUAAGUUAUUAUAUAAAGUAAAUAUGUUCUUAUAA